UGCGCGGCAGGCCCGGCCCCGGCGGCGGAGGCGGCGAAGAUGGCGGCGGUGCGGGCGGUCCGCGGGCUGGUGAACGGUGCCGGGCCCGGCGGGCCCCGGGACCAGGUGGCUGCGCUCACCCGCGACUACCUGUCCCAGCCGCGCCUCACUUACAGAACUGUGUCAGGUGUGAAUGGACCCCUGGUUAUCUUGGACCAAGUUAAGUUUCCUAAGUAUGCAGAGAUUGUCCACUUGACCCUUCCUGAUGGCACAAGGAGAAGUGGGCAGGUUCUGGAAGUCAGUGGCUCCAAGGCUGUGGUUCAGGUGUUCGAAGGCACUUCAGGGAUUGAUGCUAAGAAGACAUCUUGUGAGUUCACUGGGGAUAUUCUGCGGACCCCUGUCUCUGAGGAUAUGCUUGGCAGAGUGUUUAAUGGAUCAGGAAAACCUAUAGACAGAGGCCCCAUCGUUCUGGCUGAGGAUUUCCUCGACAUCAUGGGCCAGCCAAUCAACCCUCAGUGUCGUAUCUACCCGGAAGAGAUGAUCCAGACUGGCAUUUCUGCCAUUGAUGGCAUGAACAGUAUUGCCAGGGGACAGAAGAUCCCAAUCUUCUCAGCUGCAGGCUUGCCCCACAAUGAGAUUGCAGCUCAGAUAUGUCGCCAAGCUGGCUUGGUGAAGAAAUCCAAAGAUGUGAUGGACUACACUGAAGAGAACUUUGCCAUCGUGUUUGCUGCUAUGGGAGUGAACAUGGAGACUGCUCGGUUCUUCAAGUCUGAUUUUGAGGAGAAUGGGUCCAUGGACAAUGUGUGUCUGUUCCUGAACCUGGCCAACGACCCAACCAUUGAACGCAUCAUCACCCCACGCCUGGCCCUGACCACAGCCGAGUUCUUGGCCUACCAGUGCGAGAAGCACGUCCUGGUCAUCCUGACAGACAUGAGCUCCUACGCCGAGGCGCUGCGGGAGGUGUCAGCGGCUCGGGAGGAGGUGCCUGGGCGCAGAGGCUUCCCGGGCUACAUGUACACAGACCUGGCCACCAUCUACGAGCGCGCCGGGCGCGUGGAGGGCCGCAGCGGCUCCAUCACCCAGAUCCCCAUCCUCACCAUGCCCAACGACGAUAUUACCCAUCCUAUCCCUGACUUGACUGGGUACAUCACAGAGGGGCAGAUCUACGUGGACAGGCAGCUGUACAACAGGCAGGUUUACCCUCCUAUUAACGUCCUGCCCUCCUUGUCUCGACUGAUGAAGUCAGCGAUUGGAGAGGGCAUGACCAGGAAGGACCAUGCGGAUGUGUCCAACCAGCUGUACGCCUGCUACGCGAUCGGCAAGGAUGUGCAGGCCAUGAAGGCGGUGGUGGGGGAGGAGGCUCUCACCUCGGAUGAUUUGCUCUACCUGGAGUUCCUGCAGAAGUUUGAGAAGAACUUCAUUGCUCAGGGUCCCUACGAGAACCGCACUGUUUACGAGACCUUGGACAUCGGCUGGCAGCUGCUGAGGAUCUUCCCCAAGGAGAUGCUGAAGAGAAUUCCUCAGUCCACACUGGCUGAGUUCUACCCUCGAGACUCCACUGCAAAGCAUUAGCCACAGCUUCAUCUCUCAGCCCCCUCGCCCUGUGAGAUGCUCUUUGGGUUCCUUUCUCUCACGUGUUGGUGUUUACUUGUCCCCUGUACCACCACACCCCCAGGGGAGGUGACAUUUUGUGCCAGUGCUCCACACUGAUACCACUCUUUAAAAUAUCCUUUCCAAAGCCUGCUUGGAUCUUCAGGAACAAAGCAGUGGUGUUUUAGGCCAGCUCUGUACCAUGUGCAAUAGCUCUCCCCAAGCUGGCUUGGCCAACUGGACCUUUUGGAGGCGUUUCAAGGCAGUGUCUUGGGUUACUGCCACGAGUUGCAGAUCUUUGCCUACAGACCAGGGCAGGGACAUGGCUUAGAGAACAGAGCAGAAGUUGACUUCCUCUUGUCCUCAGCUCAGUCCCACCACACAGAUGGCACUGGGCUGCCCUGCUGCUGUGCCUGGAGCCCAGGCCAGUGUGUGGGGAGCCUCUGAAAAGUGCUCAUCACUGAUUUGGUUCUGUUUUAGCUGUGGCUUAAGAUCCUUCAAAGUGUUCAGGAGCUGCUUGGUGCUUCUCCACCUGCAAAGGGGCUUUGCAGAGGUCACAGGCCAGGGGGUUGCCACCUGAAGGUGGCGCAGUCAGGCUUCCUGACUAAAUUAGGGGGUUUUAAUUGAGCUACUUAACCCUUUUGUUGUUUUCCAUUUGAGCUCUGGAAAUGCCAGAGGUAGAAACCAGCAGCUAAAGCAUCCUGAGAUCAGUGUCCCCCUGUGGGUGGUUGAAGGCUUUGUGCUGCUACUGAAGGGGCUGAGAUGAGGCAGAAGCUUUGAGGUGGCACAGUGGUGCUGGUGGGAGGCCAGCUGCUGAGGCACCUCUGGCAGCAGCUGAUGUGACAGGAGGAAGUGAGGUGCUGUGUGAGUGGAUAUAUUGAACUCUGCUGUAAAACCUGCUCCAGCUGGCACUGGCUCCUGAGUCCUGCUUGAAGCUGCUGUGGUUUUACACUCCAGGCACAGAUGUGGCCAGCCAGGGGCCCUCAGCAUUCCCAAGCACCACGACCUUGGCUGGUCAAUCUGCUGUUGGUUUCCUCAGAUGGUUCAGGUGAGGCUCCAGGCCCAGUGCUGUAGGCUUGCUUGCUUCUCCCCAGGCUUCAUGUAGGCUAAGCUCUGGUCUGGCAAACCAAAGCCUGUUGCACCUCCCUCUGCUCCCUCAGAGCUUGUCUAGGGAGGUGCUGGCAUGGCUUGGGUGCUGGUGAACCGAUUCCAGCUCUCCCUGGUGUCUCCUCUGUGCAGUUCUCUGUUGUUUGUUCAGUGUUGUCCCUAACUUGGACGCAGCAGCAGCAGCUUUCUCCCAGUGCAUUCCAGCCUAAAGCUGUGUCAAGUCUUUCUUUUCUCUUGAGGUAGGGAGAGGAGGUUGGAAGUGUUGGCAUGAAAAAUACUUUGAUGUAGAGAAUAAAUAAAUUAAAUAUGGAAGGUGUUGAACAAA